UGUUUCACCCUUGAAUGGCACAUGGAGGCACUAUUUUCGAAAUCUUUAAAAUCAUUAAAUUGCCCCAAAAUAUUCAAGCAGUCGCCAGAACAAAAGGAAUUUAAUUUUUUAUUUAUACCUAAAUAACUUAACAAUCCGUAACUAAAAGACAAAUGACAAUUAAUCUACAAGCAAAUCUAAGAGCAAUUAAUUUACAAAAACUAGUUAAUGUUUACAAUCAUGCUAUCUGAGAGAAAGGGUGUAUGGCAGACUGCUUAAUAUGAAUUGUUACGUCACUGUUGAAUUUUCUUGCUGAUUAUGCAUUGUUACGGAAAUAAACAAGGAAGUCUGUGCCCUGGAAAUAAAUAUUGCAAAUACAGUCGGUCCACUAUUAAUAUAACGCAGAUAAAUCUUUAUGCUCAAAUUGGACAAUAGGUGAACAGUUACGGUACCAUAGGUAUUUCUCGAGGCAGUAAGGUCAGAGGUCGGGGAACUAUCGUAGUUUUUUUUAUCUGGUGACCUUACGCAGAACAGAUCGAACCAGGAAAUGAAAAAUGGCGACCGAGGAAAGAGACGAUCUAGCAGAAAUCGAACAGCCCAAAAGCAUCGAUUUGUUACUGCGAGCAGUUCAAGUGAGCGCUGUCGAUACAGGAAAAAGCAAGAACAGCAGGGAAAAUCCAGUUUUAGCUAAUGGAAGUAGGCCUACUUCUGCUGGUUAUGGAUUGAUCACUACAGAAGAGUCUCAUAAUAUAGAAUUCCAAAACCUCACGGUGAAUGUAGAAGACUUCGCAGAUGGCAAUGCAACAGAUGCCUUGUCAUGCAUUGGUCUUAGCGAAGAUGUUGUCACAGAUAUCACCGAGUGUUCGGAAUCAGAACUUGUACAUCAUGCUACCAAUGCAUUUGAAACUUCUGGAAAUGUUGAAGUAGUUGUUGAUGAGAAUCCUGCUGGCCAAUAUUCGGGCCGUUCUGCAUCAGCUAUUUUGGAUGUUGAUCCAUUAUCAUGGUCCGAAGACGACGUUUAUAUCUGGAUGCUUCUUGUUGCACAACUCUUUCAUUUGGAUAAAGCAAAGGUAAAGAAUCUUCACAUAAAUGGCAGAGAACUUGCAAUGAUAAGCAAACAGGAAUUUAUUGAACGUUUGCCUCAUGGUGAUGUAUUGUGGGCUCACCUUGAAUAUUUGAGAUUGCAACAUGCGCCAGAAAGCACAUCAGACAAUGGCAGAGCGAGAAAUCGACAGAACAUGAAGAGGUCUAAUAAAAAUAGUAAAUCAAACACAGCUCCAAAAACUAAAUAUUCAAAACAAGAACAGAAGAGACUUGCAUUGGAAACAUUGAAUGCCAUCACCCAAGAUAAAAUAAGCAAAUUUUCCACUGAAGAUUCAAAACUGAGUUUUGCUGACGAUGGCAUAACAGAUGCAAAAAAGAGAAAAACGUCUGGAAAUAAGAUAAAAACAACAAUGAGACAUAAAAGCUCAAGCUAUUUUCUAUGGCAAUUUAUGUUGGCUCUUCUUCAAGACCCGAUCACUUGUCCUAGAUUCAUCAGAUGGAUGGAUGUAUCGAAGGGAGUUUUCAAACUUGUUGAUACAAAAUCUGUUUCGUAUUUGUGGGGAAAACUUAAAAAUAAACCAAGCAUGAAUUACGAGUCACUGGGAAGGGCAUUGAGGUACUAUUAUCAGAAAGGUAUUAUGAGAAAGGUUGAUGGAAUUCGGCUUGUUUAUCAGUUUCGUUUUCUACCUAAAGUUUUGCAACUUGUUCCUGAUGACAUCGAACAACAAUCACCAGAAACUGUUGAUUUAUCAAGGGUGACAGAUUGGCCAGAAGCAGAAAAAGAAUAUGUCAAACAUUUACUUGUCGAUUACAUCGUCCUACCCUUAUCUGAUGGAGCACCAGAAUUAUUGUCAUAUAUUAGAAUGCCCAGAAUUCGACCACAUGUUCAAAAUCUUUCAUCAAAACGUUCUUUCUGUACUGGAAAUAAUGCUGCAAAUCUGCAACCCAUCGCAAGUUCUGGAAUGUUUUUGCAACCGAAAAACCAGUGGUAUAAAUUGGAAAUUGAUCCUACAAGUUCAAUUAGUCAGGAUCAAGGGCGACAGGUUUUUUUGUGUCAGCCGGGUGGAGCUGGCAUAAAUGCAUCUGCUGGAGCAAAGAAGGAUAGUUUAGACCAAAGUACCAUACCACCUCAGGUUCACAUUCAAACUUCAACCUCCAGUCACCUUUGUCAUAUAUCACUUGAUAGUCAAGAUAAUAAAGUGACAGAAUCAUCAGUCAAGACUGCAGAUGGGAAAAGGAAAGUUCAUUCUGGAUCAAUCUGGGUGCCUGGAACUUGCAUUAUGAGAGAAAUUGAAUGGACAGACAAGACAAAGGAGCAGAAUGCUGCAUCUUUCUUGUUAUUACAAACAUCGUUAAAAGCAAAGAAGGAUGUCAAAUCUGACAAUAAACCUCUGCAGGUUGAAGUUCUUACUACAUCAGCAGAAACUGAUAGCAGCUCUGAAGAGACUAGUUCAAAGGGGAAAAUGAAUUCAGCACCAACAACGAGUGCAACCAAUUUACCCAAGUUUGUAGGGGUUGUCAAACCAAUUCCGGUUGUAGGAAAAGCAAUUCCGAUUGGCACAAAACCUUUAAUCAUAAAUUCGAUAGCUGGUACAAAUGGUAUAUUACCAGAGAAGAAGCAAAAUGUUCUAUCAAAGGCAAAUACAAGUUCAUCAAUUAAUAGUGGUAAGGCUGCUAAGACUAUGCAUGGAUCUCAGUCUUGCAAUGCAAGGCGAAGGCAACUAUCUUCAGUUUUGCGGUUACCUGCAGCAGAGAAAAAAACAAUUCACAAAACCGAGGACCGGGCGAAAGCUGUCACAAAGAAUGGAACUCUUGCCAACGCCAUCCGUACUAUUAAAAGUUCAGAAUCAAACAAUUUGGCAGGAGCGAGUAACAAAACAUCUAAUGCAGCAUCGCCUAGACCGCCUUUACCCCUUUCCUUGGUGAAUAAACUUAAAUCUGCUGAUUCCGUUGUGACGUUGCCACUGUCAACAACUGAAAGUGGAAAACAUAUUUUGACUCUUCCUGUGUCAGCUGCAGAUGGUGAAGAAUUGGGUGACAAGUCUGGUACUAAAAGCAUUUCUUAUCAGGUUACUAUGUCUGAUGAUCAGAUUAUAUUGACGUUAGAUAACAGUGCUGAAAGCAGUGGGGAGUGGUGAUAACUAUUUGGGUUAUUUAUAUGGAUGUUCGUACUCUAGUUUUUUUUUGUUUGAUAUUAUUCUUUCAUGUUAUAAACACUGUUGGAGUUUA